AUGCAAUUAUUUUACAAUCUAACUGCGAUACUCAAUCUGAUAGGCGUAUCACCUAUGCACCAACAAUUCGGCGGGGAGAUUCGCACUUUUUUGUACACCCGAAGCGAGAAUCCAAGUAAGGAUCAUUUAAACGUGCCGGAUAUUUUACAAGAACUUCGGCCUCAGAAGCUCUUUGCCGUCAUCAACAUCGAUGUAUUCACGCCCAUUCAGCGCUAUAGAGACCUGUUCAAGCAUAACUUUCUCAGCAUUGUGCAACUAAGUCAAAACGCAAAGAGGGACAAGCAUUUGAUAAGCACACUGUUGGAGCGUUUACACUGGAGCAGAAAUAAACCUAUCAUAUUGCUCUUGGAUGACACCGCCAGUGAGGCCUAUGUGGAUAAGCUUUUUGAAUUUUCUGCAAGGAAGGGUGGUACGAACGUCAUUGCAUUGCAGCCACAAAUGGCAGUGGGAGAACGCGAGUAUUGGAAGUUAAUAACAUUUCCCGUUCGCCAAACUAAUAUGCACGGUCAGCCAAUGCGCCUCAUGGAAAGGCUUUGGUAUCCAAAAACCUAUAACUAUACACCUGCCGUACGCGGCGCUCUUAAGAAUGGCAGCGCAGAUGUUGGCUUAAUUUCCCGUAUCGAAGUUGGUGAUAUUAAAUUGAGUUCAACGACUGUGGUGCACCGUACCGACUGGUGCUUGAUGGUACCCGUGGAAAAUCCAUUGCCGCCAUUAGCUUUCUUUAACCAAAUAAUGGAUACCUAUGUCAAUUACAUGCCCUGCUUCAGCUUGAUACUAAUCUCGUACGUUUUGGCUGUCGUGUCCCGCUGGAAGGAUCAGCGGCAGCCAUUAUUCAUCGAAUAUUUUAUAAAUAUCUCGGUCCUACAGGGACUAUUGGGUAUGACAUUUUGGUUGAAAAGGCAACUUUCAAGGAGUCAGAAGUAUAUUUGCAUUACCAUUUCAUUUGCGGGUAUCAUAUUUGGUACCGCCUAUAAUGCUUACUUACAAAGUUUUACUGUAAACGCCCCCUUAGAACCGGAAAUGAAAACUAUUGAGGACGUCCUAAAUCGUGGCAUUAAGAUAGCUGUGAGCGCGAGCGAUAUAUGUUGGAUAAGCCAUUAUACAAAUAUGUCUAUGUAUAUUAAGAACUUUACAAUUUUUACCAACUACACAGAGAUGUUAUUGCUUCGGGACUCAUUUGACACACGCUAUGCAUUUCUGGCCCCUGAUAUGUGGCCCAUAUACAAUGAGCAGCAGAAGUACUUCUCUAAGCCAAUAUUUCGAAUUUCGGAUAUUUGCUUUGAAAAAGAUACACCUUUGGUGUUGCCUUUGCCGGUAAAUUCGGUUUAUCGCGAAACUUUGAAUAAAUUAUUUUUGACACUGCAGGAAGCUGGACUAAUGAACUUUUGGCAACGUCACAGCUUUGUAGAGUUGACGGCGAUGAAAGUAAUCAAAUUGGAGGAUUCCAAUAAAAAGCCUGGUUUCGAGUCACUGAAGUUGGAGGACUUGCGCGUGAUAUUCAUUGGAAUGUGUAUACUGAUGUCGUUGAGUAUAUUCGUUUUCGUAUUGGAACUCUGCUGGGAGAAAUUAAGAAAAUUUGGGCGUUCAACUGUUUCUGCUAUAAAAUUAAUUUGA